GCCCUUGACUUUCCUCCCCCCGCGUUAAAGCGGAGACAGGCUGUCCUCCUCCGCCUCUCUCGGUCUCCCUGCUAGACUGAAGCUGUCCCGGACCUCAGACCGGAUGAUGCGGGUUUCGGUGCUCCGGCUGGCCGCAGCGCUGGCUCUGUUUGCCGCAGUGUGCGGCUCUCGGGCGGAGGUGAUCGAUGACAUCCUGAGCAGCCUCUCCCGCGGAGUGUCCUUCCUGGAGCGGCAGCAUGAGCACAUCAACCUGGACGGAGUGGUGGGGUUCGUCAUACUGCAGGCUGAGCUGAAGGAGGCGGUCCGGACGUGGCCUCACACCGACCCGGUCAGCUGGGCUCAGAGAACCACCGCCGUCGCUCUGGUCAGACGUCUCGACCAAAGUGUGGAGAAGGCGAACGCUGCACUGGAACAGGACGACCCAAAAUACUACAGAGAGUUCGAGCCCCUGUUGUCGUGGAGUUUCUGGCUGAUUCCUCAGGAAUGGUACACCACAGAUCCCAGCCUGGUUUAUCCCUCCACCAUGACCACUGAGUGUUACGACGAGCAGCUCAGUGACAAAUGUCUGACCCUGCUGCUGGGAACCUGGAAGAUGAACGGGACGCCGUGCAUCGUCACCAAGCCCUGCCGGGACACCAUGACUCGUUUUGGGUGUCCACACUACUCUCUGUCCCACCAGCUUCUCUACUUCAUGAUUGGAAAAAUGAAAGGCUGCACUAAUCUGCUGAAAGGUGACACACGAGCAUCCAGAGCAAACAUGACUGAACAGAACUACCAGAGGAUCUUCUGCUCCAACAUGAUGAAGACCAACCAGGACAUCAAAGACGGUCUGAGCGAACAGAUGGUCGACAUCUUCAUCGAAAACAUCCUGAUUUGUGGAUUGUCUGGAUUCUCCGACUUCCACAAAGCCGACUGGCUGCAGCACAUUCUGAGGCUGCAGGACGAGGAGGUGGGCUGCUUUGGGAGAGACAAGAGCAUCAUCUCACAGAUCAUUGGAGACGAGCUGCUGGAACAGCUGCAGCCUCACAGGAGAGUGAAGAGGAGGGAGAAGAUACUUCCAGACGGCUGUUCCAGUCACAUGACGGCGGUGGCGGUCGGUGCUCUGGGAGGAUACCUGAACUACUACCUGACAGAGCAGGACAUUACAAAGAGGCCGCUCUCCUGAGGGGCGUUCUC